CCUUUCUUGCCUAACCAAGUACCCUCUCUUUCUCCUUAUUUCUUUCAUAAAUAAAACCAUACAUCACUCGCCUCUAUUCCUCAAUCUUUGAAAUAUAUUUUAGAGCGUGAGAAACACAAUUUGUUUCAUCUUUGCGAUUUCACCAGAGAUGAUAAAGUUAGGAGGACUGGUUUCAUCGACCUUUUUCCUCUUACUGACCCUCUCUCUGUGUUCUGCCCAAAAUGAUGUUUUUUCUUCUACAGGGUAUGUUCAAAUUGAGUGCUUGAGAGUACCGCCGUUGGAAUUUGCCGGAGCGGCAAAAACCGCCGUCGACUUAGUCAGGAAAGCCGGAGCUUUAGUGUCGAAAUUCGACAAGAAAUUUGGGAACUCACGAAUGGGCCAUGCCAUUCUUGAUUGCCUUGAUCUUCUUGAUUCUGCCUCUGAAGAGCUUUCUUGGAUCAUAUCUGCCUCUCAAAACCCCAACGGUAAAGACAAUAGUACAGGAGAUGUUGCUUCGGAUCUAAGGACAUGGAUAAGCGCCGCCCUUUCUAACCAGGACACCUGUCUAGACGGCUUCGAGGGCACUAAUGGAAUUGUCAAAAAAGUUGUGGCCGGUGGUCUAAGCCAGGUCGGUAAAACCAUCCAAAAUCUACUAACAAUGGUUCACUUUUCCUCCAAACCAAAAUCUAUGACCAAUAUAGCCCACAAGACAACCACCGCUCAUAGUGGCUUCAGUAAGUUUCCCACUUGGGUUAGACCCGGUGAUCGGAAGUUGCUACAGAUUGAUGGCUUAUCAACGGCGGCCGAUGCAGUUGUAGCAGCAGAUGGGACAGGAAACUUUACAACAAUAAGCGAAGCAGUGCUGGCCGCACCGGACUACAGUACAAAAAGAUAUGUGAUACAUGUGAAAAGAGGUAUAUAUGUCGAGAAUGUCGAGAUUAAGAAGAAGAAAUGGAACAUUAUGAUGGUCGGGGAUGGCAUUGAUGCCACCGUGAUCACGGGUAACCGAAGUUUCAUUGACGGUUGGACUACGUUCCGUUCUGCUACUUUUGCUGUUAGCGGAAGAGGAUUUCUCGCACGGGACAUAACGUUUCAAAACACUGCAGGACCAGAGAAACAUCAAGCGGUUGCAAUCCGGUCAGACUCAGAUCUCGGAGUUUUUUAUCGAUGUGCGAUGAGAGGUUAUCAAGACACUCUCUACGCCCACACAAUGCGUCAAUUCUUUAGAGAAUGCAUUAUAACAGGCACUGUAGAUUUCAUCUUCGGCGACGCUACAGCUGUAUUUCAAGACUGCCAAAUCAAAGCAAAACAAGGCCUACCAAAUCAGAAAAACAGCAUCACGGCUCAAGGACGUAAGGAUCCUAACCAGCCAACCGGAUUCAUGAUCCAAUUUUGUAACAUAACAGCUGAUACAGACCUACUUCCAAACUUAAAUACCACUGCUACUUACCUGGGUCGGCCAUGGAAACUAUAUUCUAGAACAGUGUUCAUGCAAAACUACAUGAGUGAUGUGCUCAAGCCCGAAGGAUGGCUCGAAUGGAACGGCAAUUUUGCGUUGGACACGUUGUACUAUGCCGAAUAUAUGAACAACGGACCGGGGGCUAGCAUUGACCUUCGUGUUAAGUGGCCAGGGUACCAUCUGUUGAAUACUUCGGCAGACGCUAUUAACUUUACGGUGGCACAGUUCAUACAAGGAAACUUAUGGUUGCCUGCAACUGGUAUCAAAUACACUGCUGGUCUAGCUUCGUAAAUUAAUCAAGUUGGAUAUAAUCUUUCACAUAGAGGUUUUUUGUUUUUUUUUUCCAUUUUAUUUAAUACUGUUUCAGUAAAAGUUGAACUACAUGUUCUGUAAGUCUAAUAUAUAUUUAAAGAGUAAUGUUUAUUU